AUGAAUUAAAUUUCGCUAUGCUUUUAAUCAUAGUCUCUAGAACAAAAAUUUUAAGAAGAGUCUCGUAAAACAUAUGGAAAGAUAUAUGUUAACAUUUUAAUUGGAUAUAUAUUCAUAGUAGCUAUUCCUUGUGUAGUUAUAUCUUCCAUUAAUUUUAAUCUGAACAAUUUGGGUAUUUACAUCAUUGCAGUUCUAAAUUGCAGCUUUAACUCUAUUUUGACAAUUCGAAAACCUAAAUAUUUUAAUUUGUAAGUUAAUACUCUUAGUUUUUUUAUUGUGUUAGCAUUUUGUGGUCAAAUAAUCUUUUUUGGAACUUCUACUGGUAUAGAUGAUGAUUAUUUUCUUUUCUUUUUUGGAGCUUGUGGAAUUUCUAUAUAAGUAACUCUUGCUUUCUUAAGCGCAAAUUACUUAUUCACAUGCACUCAGAUGAUAUUAUCAACUAUGAUAUACUAUUAUGUGUUUUGGUCUAAAAAUAUUUAUGCCUUUAAAUAUUAAUAUGGUGCUUUUAUGAUUUUCAUCUUAUAUGCAGUAUACAUAAUACAGAGGGACAGAAGAUAAAUAUUUUUGCAUCAGAACUCUUAAAAGGAGUGGUCUCAAAUAGUAAAACAAGUGUUAUCAUCCAGUAUCAUAACUGUGCAGUAUGACUAAAAAAACAAUUUGAUUGAGUUAGAUAUGAUUAACAAUUAAGCAAAAAAAAUGCUACAAAUAAAUGAUUCAAAUGAAUUUAAAAUUUUUUCUAGGUAAACUCUAGCAGUUGACCGGCUACAAGAUUAUAGCAGUGAUUUUUAAGAAUCAAAAACUAGUGAAAUUGGAGACAUAAUUCAGAACAAAAAUAAUAUGUGGAUGAGUAAUGUAUAAAAGAAUACAGUUGAAAAUAGAAUAAUUAGUUUAAUCAAAGAAUAUAUCGAAAAAAAACAUAAAAAAUAAAAAUCAAGCUAGCAAAAAUAUAACUAAAAAUAUUCAAUGAGUGGCAAAAAAGAAUUUAAAAAUGAGGGUGAUAAUAAUACUCAUAUCUAAUUUGAAGAGUAGACACAAGAUUUUUUUUAUGGAAUUUACAAAAAGAACGAUUGUUCAAAAGAUCAAGUUUUUUCAAUAAAAGUAUCAGCUUAUUAAAACUUUACUAGCUAUUAUUGUUGCUUAGUAAUCGAAAGAGAAACUGAAAAACAAAAGAUACAAGCUCUCAAAAAAAUUAAUUCUAGUCUAGAAAAAUGUUUUUUUCAACUAUUUAUUAACAUAGGAGAUAAAUUAUAAAAUAUUUCAAAUAAUUUAUAAAAUAAAGAUGUAAUCAAUUCAAAUAUUUUAUAAUCAUACAAUUAAAUGUACAAUUACAAAGAUCAUGCUCUAAUAAUCAAAAAUGAAUUCAAACUUCUUAAUGGCUCCUAGCUAGUAUAAAAUUGUUCUUUAGGUAAAUUUAAUGAUAUAAUUAAAAGAAGUUUCUUAAAUAAGUUAAAAGAAGUAAAAUUAAAUUUUUCAUAUGUAAACUGUGAUGAGAAUACUGAAAUGUGCACUUAAAGUAAUAAAUUAAGAUAGAUACUUAUGAAUUUAAUUGAAAAUUCUAUAAAAUUCUUUAACGAAUAAACUACAUCAAAAAGAAAAUAUUCUUAUUUAUAAAAUAUAUUUAAAAGAAAAAAAAACUUCACAUUAGAUAAUUAAAAAACCAUUAAUAUAAAUUCUAAACAACUUGAAUAAAAUAAUGCUAAUCAAAUUAAUAAAUCAGACAACUUAACGACAACUACGAAAAAUAUUUAAUAAGAUUUUAAUUUAGACUUAAAUUAAAGUUAUGCUUACCAAAUUACAAGCUAAUAUAAUAGUUAGCUUAAAAUACUCUAGUUAAAUGAAUAAAAUCAAUCCCAAGUGAACAUCUCUUUUCAAUUAAUCAAAGGUGAAAAUGCAAAAUCUAACAUAAUAAAAAUAUCAGUUUUAGACAACAGUGGUGGUAUUUCACUUAAAAAGUUAUAUACUUUACUAGAACUUAUUGGAACCAAAAAUCCAGCUUUUAAUUCAAAAUAUUUAAACUAUAACUUUAUUGGGUGGAAGGUCAAUUAUCAUAUAAUUGGUAAUCUAGGACCAUUCUUCAAUUUUUUUGUUAGAACACUCCAAAACUAAGGACUUGAAUAUCAUUUCUAUAUAUUUUAGAAUAUUGAAAUACUAUUCGAAAAAGAUCAAAAGUAUUAAACUGUAUUUUCUAACAAUGCAUUUUAAGAAAAUAUGGAAAAUUCACAUCAAGAAUAUUAUCAUAUUUAAAAUUAUACCAAUUUAAAAUAGUAUUUAUGCGAAAAUUAGAUGAAUCACUCCAAAAAAAUUAAAAGAAUGUAAACUUCUUGUUCAAUAAACUACACUAGAACUAAUAUAAACAAUCAUUAAAAAACUUAGAACAAUAAUAAAUUGCCUGAGCUAUCAAAAGAAAAUAUCUAAAUAGUUGAUUAAUCUUUAAAACAUUUUGAAGGCACUUAGCCAAUUAUAAAUACUCCAAAAUACUCAAGCUACUAACUAAUUAACAAAAUUAACAAGUAAGCUGAUUAAAUUAAAAACCUAGAUUAAUAGAGUUAAGAAAACAACUUAAGUUAUGCCUUUUUUAAUGUAGAUUGA